AUGAUUGUCCAAGCUCGUCCUUCCGCACCGUCAUUUUCGAACAAAGAGCAGGCAUUGGAGCCUCGUCCAAGUUCGUUUGAACGGUUUCUCAAAGAAGCAUUGGAUGUCAUCUUUCAGCUACGGGUCAAUGUGGAUUCAGCUUUAUAUGGCGGAGACGCGCACGACGAUGGCGACACGGACGACGGCACGGUGACUUGGAAACUUCACCUGUCACCUCCCAUGCUCACACUCGAUACCAACAUUCAGACCAUCUCGGGACUGGAACAAGUCCUGGAACAACUGCGAGUCAAUAUCACUCCUCGUCCACCCAAGAUCAGAGCCCCGCGAUCGGUCUCGAGUAGGCAUUUCAUCCCUUCGAGUCUUCUACGCGCCGUCGAAAGUAGUAUACGGUUAUCGGCCAUACUCAGCAUACCAAAAAUCAAUGUUUUCCGAAAAUACAACUCGCAACUCCUCAUGCGACAAUGUGUGCAAGCAUUUACCAUGUGCGAUGGGGCCUUCUUUUUGGAUUCCACCAAACUCAUGGCCGACAUGUCACUGGUCAUGUCGCACGCCGACGCACCAAAAACGUAUCCGACCGAAACACUACUGGUCCUUAGUAUUUGUUCUCUGAGCAUUCGACAUGCAUUUAUACACAAACAAGGUCACCCCAGCGUCGCCACUGGCUUGGCCCAUGCCUACUACUCUCAGGCACGCAUGUUGUUACAGGAUUUAUUUGAUGUGCAGCAUAUCUCGGUGAUCCAAUCGCUUCUCAUCUUAUCGCUAUUCCCGUACGGUCAUGUCGACAUGUUUUCUCCAGCGCGAAUAUCAUCGCCACUUCUUACGACGGCCAUUCGCGCAGCACUCGGCAUGAAUUUGCAUCGGAUCGAUGCCACUGAUCAACCACCCUCCAACGACGUAGAAUUGAAGCGACGAGUGGCGUGGAUACUCUUUUGUGCGGAUUACUUUGCAGAUUGGAAUACGACGGGCAAUACCGGGUUAAUUGAUGUCACCUAUUGGCACGUGGAUUUUGUCCGCCCCAUUGCGGGCGAACCUCUCGCACGUCGAGUCGAGUAUUUCUCGGAAUACUGUCGCAUGGUCACACUAAGAAAACUGCAUUUGUUCGGUACAUCCUAUAUGAUGACGCAGAGAUCGUCAAAAGCCAUGAAACUCGCUGCCGAUGGCCAGUUAUUCCCAAUGUACUUCAACACCCCGCCGAAUUUCGCAUUGCAUUUAAACCCGGAGGAACGGUCCUGGCAAAAAGAGGAUCUGGAGCCUCUGUUACUUCAUCGAUUAUACGCUGAUACGCUCAUCAUGACACAUGUACCGUUUUUACCCCGUCGCUAUCUUGCUAGUUUGGAUAACGAGGCGCCAACGAGGGAAACCGACAUGAAAAAUGUUUAUCAACGCAUUGUUCACUUAUCCGGAUCGACAUCCUUCGUAUCUCCUUUCCCAUCCUUUCCCCCUUACACAUCCCAUGCAUCUGGACCUACUUGUUCUUCUUCAUCGUCAUCCCAAAAUCCAUUCCCGUCAUCCAUGGCCGCUUCCGAAUCCAAUGCGGCUCUGGAACUUCAUUGCAUCCUCGGUAUUCUUACUGCCGCUCAUCAAUAUACCCAUAUCAUGGAAGCAUUGGUUGUCAUUGAUCCAUUAGGGUGUUUUCAGUCGCCUGUGCAUGGAAUUCUCAUCAUCGCGUACGUCUCCCAUAUGAUACAGACGAACUGUCAAGACCCGGACGCUAUCGUGAUUUGCCGCGUCAAUCUGGUUCGCUUAUUGCGUAUCUUUCAACAAGUGCGAAACGUCUACAGUGACCCUGCUCUUCUCUAUAUCGAACGCCUACUAUCGCGAUGGAUCACUUCACUUACCGAUGGGUCCACUCCGGUCUUACGACAACAAGUCAUGCAACGGCUCAACGCUGUACGAGAAAGAACCAAUUUACUUAUGGAGAAUAGCAGUGAUGUGAAUGAUGGUCAAAUUGCUAUACCCUCGAUUGGCGUUGUUAAGGGUCUUAUCAUUAGUGUACUUCUACCAAUGGCCUCAACCAGAUCUGGUCAUAACAUUGGUGUGAUUGAUCGUUGA